AGGUGAAUGUUCCAUGGAUGGAUCAACAUCCAACCCACAAAACACAUCAAUCCAAGGUAUGAAAAUUUUUAUCAAUGACAUACUGUACGAAAUAAAGAUUGCCUAGGAAUCCAAGCAGAAACAUAUAGCAUUGCUUGCUUUGAGGGUCGAGAAGUAGGGUACCAAGUAGCAGCCUUACUUUGGUCCAAAUUUCCAGUUCCCAGCCUAUUUUCGCUCCAAAUCCCUGUUACGAAAUCUGAAUUCCCAUCCGUAUAUAGUUUAUAUUUAAUAAACAAUGGUAUAUGCUAAUGAAUAAAAAACCUUGAUUGAUGCCGUUCAUUUAGCGCGAGCUCCACAAUUUAUUAUAUUAAAUAAAAUGUUAAACACAUCCGAAUUUAUUUGUACAAUAUGAAAUGUUCAAUCCUAACCCUAAUCGCUUCUAACCACGACUCAAACCUCUAACCCUAACGCUAAUUAAUCUUAAUCUGACCCUAUAAUCUAACCCUAUAAUCCAAACUUGACGACCUUUCUUAGCUUGAUUUUAAUUAUCAUACCACGCGAUAGAUUUUCGUGUCGAUCACUCAUUAUAUUUCUAUUUGAUUAUAUUAAAGGACUUUAAGCAUGCGUAAUUGUGUCGAAUGAUAGUGUCAGAAACCACACAAGAAAAAAAUCCCAUUCCAUUUCUCAAAAAAAGGCAGCGUGACAUUUUUAUUAAAGGAUUGAGAAUUGAGUCUUGGGCUGUGAAAAAUUAGAUAGACGGGGUGGGAAAUGCGAAAAUGCCCGCAUUUUCCAUAAUCUCCGUAACUAUAAAGCAAUUAAAUUUGAAAUACAUUUUUGUAAUUCUUGAUGUCAUAAUAUAUUUUCUUUGAAGAAAUUAUGUACUAUUUAAACACAAGUAGCUAAGAUUUAGUCGAGUGCUUUGUCACAUAUAAAACACGAGGCGACAGCCGAGUAUUUCAUCUCCGAUAGAGCAUGAACUGCGAGGUAAUUUAUUGGCUAUUGGUUAUUCCCCGGUAAGAGAUUUUAAAAACCAACGUUGUUUUAAGCCGAGAAAGUCAAAGUUAAAUAAAGCUUAAUAUGUAAAUUAACAUGAUUUUUAUAACAUAUAAAGCCGCCGAUGCAGUGGUGAUUACCUUUCUCUUUUCCUCAUGAAUUAUUAAUGAUGCGUUUUUUAAAGUUAUAAUAAUUCUUAUAUUGCAUUAUAAUUAUUUUGAUUUAUUUUAAUUUCUAUAAGGUAAGGACUGCGCUGAUUUAUUCGAGAAAGGAAUACGUGCUAGUGGAGUGUACAAGAUUGACCCUGAUGGCCUUGGUACUUUCAAUGUUUUCUGUGAUAUGACCUCGUCCGGGGGAGGAUGGACUGUGUUUCAACGUCGUUUUGAUGGAACUGUUGAUUUCUACCGAGGAUGGCAAGAUUACAAACAAGGUUUUGGCAAUCUGGAUGGGGAAUUUUGGCUCGGUUUGGAGAAAAUGCACAGACUAACAACAGCUGUUUCUCUAACGGCGCUUCUUAUUGACAUGGAGGAUACUUCUGGGAAUAAGCGAUACGCAUGGUAUGAUUCGUUUGGUCUCGCUGAUGAGCAAAAAAAGUAUAAAUUAAGCGUUGGAGCUUAUGUUGGUAGGUAAUUUGGGUAAAUGUGUAAAACCUGCAACCAUACGUAUUAAGUCGUGUUUACACUACAAGUCUUGGCCUAGCCUUGGCCUGGCCUUGGCCAGGCUUGGUAAAUGUGGCGCGUUUACAUCAUUACACUAUUUUUUUGAGACUGGCUCACUUUGGCCUUUUUAUGUGUUGUGACGUUGUCCGCUGAUUGUCCGCUAAUCUCUCACUGUGGACCCACGUUGCCAUGAAAAUAAGGCCCAGGCCAGGGCCGAAAGUGUUUACGUUUCCACAAGCCUAGCUGCCUAGGCCAGGCCUAAGCCACUGGUUGUAGUGGGCCCAGAUUUCAUGGCCUAGGUCAGGCCAAGGCUAGACCAAAGUCCAUUUUCACUGUCAAAAUGUAGGCCAAGGCCAGGCCAAGGCUGGUAGUGUAAACACGACUUUAGAUUGUAACUUAUUUCCAAUAGAUUCUUCGAAACCCAGUAUGGCAAAAUAUUAAGUCCAGACGUCAAUAUCGAAGACAAGACUUAUUUUUUACAUAUUCAUUUAUUUAUUUAUUAACUUCAGCCAUCAACACAAUGAGAAACAUAUACACACAGGAAGACGGUUCAGGAACACAACACACAAAGCGGUGAGCCAAUUACGUUGGUCACCUGUUAAGCUGUUACAAAACAAAUACAAAACUUCACAAUGUGUACCUUAUUGGACGAAAACGAAUCCAAACGAUGUUUUAUUAUAUCGAACAAAACAAUUCUAAAACAAGACAACAAUUAAUACAGCAACAACAUGCAUGUAUCACACAUUCCUAAGUUGAAAACAGACGAGUGAGUGUAGUUGUGACGUAAUUAUCGAAAAAGUAUAUUGGUUGAAUAUAACGGAUUACAAAUUAAAACACUCUUCCAGAUCUAGGAUCUACCCGGCUCAUGUACAAAAUGGCUGCCAGUAAAACAUUUUGAGCCCGAAAUCACCUACGAUUGCUAAGAAGUAUACUUCAUAAUAAGGUUUGCGUUUUUAUAACGUAGAAAAAACCCAUCCUAACCGGCGCAAAACUAAACCCUAACCCUAAUACUAGCCCUUACCCAAACCCCUAACCCAAACCCUAAACUAGCCCUAACCUAACCCUAACUUAUUUUAAAAAUUGAUAUAAAAACGGUAACCUUAUUUUGAAGUAUAUUAUCUAGCAAUUGCCCGCAAAAUGCUAAGGUACCAAUUAAACUAAAGUUUUUAAAAGAUCUGCACAUGCGGGUACUUUUUUCUACAUUUUUCCCCUUUAAAAGCUGUUGGGGCUUCGAUGGUGGUGUGAUCAUCAGGGCAACCACGGAAGCAUCUUUCACCUCCGGAGUCCGUAGGAUCGAUUCUCCGUACGUACCCAUCGGAAAAGAGUCAAUUUCGCUGUGUCGAAAGUCGUGGGUUUUCUAUGGCUGCCCCGGUUUUCUCCCACAAGGAAAGUUGACAUGGUGGGUUAAGAUAAACACAGUUUCGAAACUAUAAUAUCACAAUUGUUGCAAAGACAAAAUAAUAAGUUCUUUGUAUGUUUGCAUGAUGAUAAAACUUAUAAUAGUUUUGUUUGUGGAAACACCACGUAAAUUUAUUACUGCAAAAUUAUUACUGUAAAUUUAUUACUGUAAAUUAUUACUGUAAAUUUAUUAUUGUAAAUUAAAUUAUUAAUGUAAAUUUAUUACUGCAGUAAUAAAUUUACGUGGUGUUUCCACAAACAAAACUGUUAUAAAGACAAAAUAGUCUAGGCCAAAUAUAUAAUUAGGCAGGCGUAUAAUACUUGACGUAAAGCGUGUUAAUUUUUAUCAUAUUCACAUGUAAAUUAAUGUGCUCUAUAGAAGUGAUCGUUAAUUUUUUCUAAGCUCCACGAUUAUUGUUAUUGUUGAUUAAAUUAAUAAACAUUUAUUUUACUAACUUUGUUUAUAGGUACAGCAGGAGAUUCUUUCACUUAUCAAAGUGGUGCAGCGUUCGCGACAAAAGAUGCCGACACUGGCAACAACUGUGCAAGGACAUAUAAAGGUGCUUGGUGGUAUAUGCAUAGAGGAGGUUGUCAUUUAUCGAAUUUGAAUGGUGUCUAUCAUCAUGGCACACACAAGUCGUUUGCAGACGGUGUGAACUGGAAAACUUGGAAAGGAUAUAACUAUUCGCUGAAAUCAACAUUAAUGAAAAUCCGACGUCGUCCAUUUGGACUAUAAAUUCAGCGUAAUGUAAUAAUUAGUGCUAGGAAAAUCUUUCAACAUACGGGUGUAACUGUAGCUACGGUAGGCCUAGUUUUCGUGAUAAAUAGCGUAACUACUUCGCUUAUAAGAUCCAAUAAAAAAUUAAAUAAUUUGAUAGUGGAUCAAAAUAUGCAACAUGAGCUCCAUCUUUGAAUUUACUAUACGAGUAAAUAAUCUUAAACACAUUUUGAAAUCAUCAAUACGAUAAAUUCGCAACUUACGAGAUUUUCGAAAACAAUUUGGAUUAGUGUCAAAUAAAGAUUAUAGAUUAGGGUUAAUUAGGGUUAGGCGUUAGGGCUCAACAUGUGUCGCGAAUUUAUUGUACGUAUUGAUAAAUUCGGACGUGUUUAACAAUUUACUCGUAUAGUAAAUUCAAAGGUGCAUGGACCUCACGCUGAAAUAUGAAACAAUAAAGCGAUGGUGCGGAUUGGUAUAUCAAUAUUGUUCUGAACCCAAAUUCGAGAAAAAUUAAAGGGGAAAGCUGCAGGCAUAUGUAUGGGUGAUUUAAAGCAAAAACCUGCAAAAUCUGUGAAUAAUACAACACAAAGAAUAGCAACGUUUCGAGCGAAGGCCCUGAAAUUUUCAGAUAGUUGCAUCAUCUGCAGAUGGGUAUGGGGGCCGCGGCCGCCCCUUCAACGUUUUCAUGGUGUAGUUUUAGAUUGAAAAAUUGGGAAGAAUGUUGGAAAAUUGUCAGCAAACAGUGUUGCGAAUCUUGCGAUAAGCAUGGCCAUAAAAACAAUGUUAAGCGUGUGCUAACUAACACAGUAGAAAAGGUGUGUUUUUCUGAAAGUGUGUUAUCUAACACAUUUACCUCCAUCGCUGUGUGUUAAGCACUGAACACUGUGUGUUAUAUAACGCACACUGGUGUGUUAUUUAACUCACAAAGGUGUGUUAUGUCGAAAUUGUAAGAGUAAAAUGUGUUGUAUAACACACCUAACGUGCUAUAUAACACAUUUUUGUGUGUUUUGCAACGCACCUAUUUUUAAGAGUGCGCUUCCUGCGAAAAGUGUGUUUAUUAACCCAAGUUUGAAAGUAAACACACUUUAAUUGAAAAACACACUGCACAGAAGAACUAGAAGAAACACACUUGACCAACAAACACACCUUUCCAAAACACACUUCUUAAUUAAACUAACACACUUUUACAGAAAACACGGUCUAUAAAGAAAACACGCUUUAUAGUAGCAAGCCCGCCCGAUCACAGGUUAGGGCCGCCCAGGUCGCUUCAGAUUCUAUCGCAUUCCCAUUAAGCCCCGCGCUCCCAUUGUAUUCCCAUCAAGUCCCGCGCUCCCAUCCCAUCUCUAUUCCCAACUGAAGCGACGAGGGACGAGGCAGGUUUGAGGAGGGGAUGUGGGAG